AUGCUCCCCACGGCCUCCGCAUCAUCACAGCUACGCAGGCCUCUGGCCUCGGCUGCCACACUGCGCCGAUUUGGAGCAGCCGUGCCCGCCAGGAGCACCGCCGCCACCCGACGCCUUCACUCUGCCUCGCCGCCACCCAGGCCAGCGUCGCUGUCGCUGUCGCUGUCGUCGUCUUCGCCCCCUCUCCCAUCGAGGCAGGCGGCCGCGCGCAAGCUCCUCUUCGAACGCUCUGGCACUGGCGCCGGGCGCAACCUCGCCCCAGGAUCUUGCCGCCCCUACUCGAGCGAGGGCGGGCCCAACCAGCAGCAGGUCCUGCAGUCGUUUGCCACGCCCUUUGCUCAGUUUGUCUACACCAUCUCGCGCAUCGCACGCAUGAUUACCGUCUCGGCCCUCGGCAUCGCCGUCGUCGGUCUCGGAGGAUACGAGGCGACCCACCAGUACAUCGAGCACUUUGCCAUGCCCCACGCACCCGCCUCGUCGUCCGUCGACGACCCGUGGGGCUGGAACGAGCAGCUGGGCGAAGAGAGCUGGUCGGGCUCCGGCAGCAGCGGCACCGACCGCCGCCUCGGCAUCAAGGGACGUCAUGCUGUCCGAAGCGCAUGGAUGUGCGUGCACUGGGGCGGCGGCAUCUCGCCCGGCCUCAUCCUCGGCGGCGCCGCAUCGGGCUCCUCGGGCCUCGGUCGCACCGCCCAGUCCAGCAUCGCCGGCCAGCGCGACCUUCACAUCGAGGACGGCAUGGUCAUGGCGAUGCGCUACCUCAGCGUCGCCCUCCAGGCCGCUCGCGAAAAGGGCAUCGUCCUGCCCGACAUUGACGCGGUGCGGGCGGGCCUGGCAUCCUCGUCUGCGCCUCUGCACAUCGACCCGACGGCGUUGGCGCUCGAGAGCAAGAUGGCCUCGAUCAGGGAGAGGCACGGCUCUCGCGGAGCGACGGCCAACGCCAUCGAGGGUUACGAGAGGGUCUUUGACCUUCUCAUGCUAUCGGCUGCUGCCCCGUCGCAGGUCCAGAGCGGCGGCGACGCCCAGUCGGCCAAGCUGGUCCGACUGGCCACCAAGAUCGGCGACCUCAACGCCGCAAUCGGGCAGAAGACGGAAGCAGAGAGCUGGCUGCAGAAGGCGGUCGAGCUGGCAGGCGCAGGCAGCAGCGCAUCCAGCCUAGCGGCGGCCUCGAGCGAGGCGGGCCAGGAGACGCUUCUCGCCACCGAGGCCGCUGCGGCAACAGGCGCACCAUCGAGCAGCGCGGGCUGCCUCACGGCGCUCGACGAGGCGCGCGCCGAGUCGAAGCGCGUGCUCGACGCCCUCGCCGUCGCAGCCGCGGCAAAGGGCAAGCCGUCCAAGCAGGACGGCACCACCGCCGCCGCAUCGCUGCCAAAGCUGGCGUCGAGGUGGCAGGACAAGACCGGCCUCCAGGUCUUUGCGCAGCGGCUGGCGCGCGAUGCGGUGCGCGUCGAGCAGACGGCAGAGAAGCUGCAGAAGGCGCUCGGCGCUCAGGCAUAG